AUGUCAUCCGCUCAGGCAUGGCAACUGCAUGGAUGCUACAAGCUGGGGUCAUCGAAAUACUUCAAUUUCCCCCUCGAGCGCUCCCUGACUGGAUGUGAAGAUGAUUCCGUCAGUCUUGAUCACCGCGAUCCUUCUCACCCAGUGCGAGGCCUAAUCAAGAUGAUGCUUGAGAUGCGUCAAAAUUAUCCUGCUCUGAAUGAUGGCUGGUACUUGCAGCAGUUGUCCAACCAUACGUUCGACAUCUACCUUCCAGGCAGUAAUGGAACAGCGACCGAGACUGGCUUGUGGAGUGUCAUGAGAUCGCGCUUUGUAGAUGCGCAAAACUUCGAUGGCCAAGGCCAGGGGAAUCAGAGUGUAUGGCUAGUGUAUUCUAAUGACAACACCAGAGUCGAACACAAAUUCAACUGCAGCAGUAAGGAUGCUUUGAUCUCGCCAUUUCCCACGGGAACAACGGUCAAGAAUCUUUUCCCACCUUUUGAGGAAUUCACCCUGGUCAAGAGCUCACUUACGCUUGGAUUCGAAGGGUCUGACGUUCCCAACGGGUGUCAUCCCAACCUUACUAUGCCGGCGUGGGGUUUCAAAGCCUUUGUUCCAAAGGAUAAAUUCGUGCAGCCUUCCCCAUAUGUAACACAUUUCUCCCCGGGGCAUGACGCUCGACUUGUGUCUCAGGGAACAAGUGGGGAGACAGUAAAAAUUGGCUUCGAAUUCUCUCAGGAGAUGGAUUGCGAGGAUAUCACCAACUCGCUCACGAUCACGUCCAAAGCGCUUGACGAUGAGAGACCGCGGCUUGAUACGACCUCAGUCUCUUGUAAACCCAUUGAAGAGACUGAUGUUGUGACAUGGCCGGGGGCACUAACUAGCGUUUUCAGCUACGAGGUAGAUUUGGGCAAUGUCUUUCCAGGCGUUCACAGAGUCACCCUUAGCAACGUGACUACAGCAAACGGAAAUGAAUCCACAGGUUCCAUCGACCAUUUUCUUUUCCGUAUCGGACAGAUAAACAAUCCAAUGGUCUGGCCACAGUUGGCCAACUACAGUAGAACACUACUGUUUGACAACCCGUCGUCUGACAUUGAGCCCUUAUCAGUAAUGCCACAGGCCCCUGGUGCAGACAUGUGGCGAUACUCGCUGGACUUUGGAGCUACAUUCAGUCCCUGGGUGACGUACACCGGCUUCAACACGACGAUCCCCGGCAAAGGCUGGACCGACACUGCGGAGCAGGCCUGGGAAGGAGAACACAUCCUUGCCCAAUACUGGAGCAAGUUGACUGGAAGUAGUGCUCACUGGCAGCAUGGAGACACGGAAUGGGAAUACAAGCCCCCGCGUCGCUUCCCAAACCUCUUCAUCCAAGGCGAGUUCAACCAGUUCGGAUGUGACGCUGGCUAUUCCAACAAAAUGGAUCUUAGCAACAUCACUGGCAUGUGGGAGAUCCACUUCAUGGGCGGAUGGCCCGUGCAGGUUUCAUUCAACGCCUGGGGAUUAAAGAAAGACGGCCUGCCCGAUAAGACACAGGUGUUUGGAGACAUCGAUGGAGACAAUGUUUUAGAUCAGGUCCCCCCAGUCACCCUGCUGAGCAAUGUCUUCAACGUCACUAUCCCACCUCCUUCGCCCUAUCUGUCCUUCAAGCUGUCAGUGGGUGAUGGCGAUCUCAAGGUCUACGCUACACCCACAGGAUCCAGGUGGGUUCAGCUGGCCAUCUUUAUCGUGCUAGCGAUUGUACCUGUCACCACCGCUGUCGGUGCAGUGUAUAUUUACCUGAAGGCCUUUUACCAAGUCAAAUUCAAUCAAAUCGGUGUCACCGAGAAAAGAUCAAGCUUCGCUCCACUGGUGAGCGUCUUUCAAAAGGUGGCCCAUCGAUCGAAUGACAGGGAAUCCAAUCCCGGGAUUUCCCCGACAAAUAUAGGCGCGUUUUCAUCUGAAAGUGGAGGCGUCGUCGGUGCCACAAUAAACACCCGUCGACGCACCGUGCUCAUUGCAACUAUGGAAUACGAUAUUGAAGAUUGGGGCAUUAAGAUCAAGAUCGGGGGGCUCGGUGUGAUGGCUCAGCUUAUGGGGAAACAUCUCACCCAGCAGGACCUUAUAUGGGUGGUCCCUUGUGUUGGAGGAGUUGACUACCCUAAGGACGAUCCCCGUGAGCCGAUGGUAAUUACUGUUCUUGGGAAUAAAUACCAAGUGGAUAUCCAGUACCAUCGGCUGCAUAACAUCACGUACGUCUUGUUAGACGCGCCUGUAUUCCGGGCUCAGUCCAAAUCAGAGCCAUAUCCUGCCCGCAUGGAUGACCUGGAUUCGGCUAUAUUCUAUUCCACUUGGAAUCAAUGUAUUGCUGAAACAGUCAGGAGAUUCCCGGCUAUCGACCUCUAUCACAUCAAUGAUUACCACGGCGCUGCUGCCCCUCUCUAUCUUCUACCUCGCACGAUUCCAUGCUGCCUGUCUUUGCACAAUGCUGAGUUUCAAGGACUCUGGCCAAUGCAAACCCCACAGCAAAACCAAGAGGUUUGCAGUGUCUAUAAUCUUGAUCAUGUAUUGGUGAAGAAGUAUGUGCAAUUUGGCGAGGUGUUUAACCUUCUCCAUGGAGCUGCCAACUAUCUGAAAAUCCACCAAGCUGGAUUUGGCGCUGUCGGUGUCUCCAAGAAAUACGGCAAGAGAUCGUUCGCCAGAUAUCCAAUUUUCUGGGGUCUCAAGAACAUUGGAGCGCUGCCAAAUCCUGAUCCAUCCGACAUCGCUGAGUGGGAUCAGAAUGCAAACAAAAAUCUCGAAGACGUUAUCAUUGACGCAGAGUUUGAAGCCAGUCGUGCCGCACUCAAGAGACAAGCACAAGAAUGGGCAGGGCUCAAAGUUGACGCAGAGGCCCAGCUGUUUGUAUUUGUCGGUCGUUGGUCCAUGCAAAAGGGCGUUGAUCUGAUUGCAGAUAUCUUCCCCUCCAUCCUAGACGCUCACCCAAAGGUCCAAUUGAUGUGCAUUGGUCCAGUCAUUGAUCUUUAUGGAAGGUUUGCUGCGUUGAAACUGAAUCGACUCAUAGAUCUCUACCCUGGGCGGGUAUUUUCCAGACCGGAGUUUACUGCACUACCACCCUUCAUUUUUAGUGGCGCUGAAUUUGCCUUGAUUCCUUCGCGUGAUGAACCGUUCGGUCUGGUUGCCGUGGAAUUCGGACGGAAAGGAGCGUUGGGCGUGGGAUCACGUGUGGGUGGCCUUGGACAAAUGCCAGGAUGGUGGUUCACCAUUGAGUCUAUGACAACCAAACAUCUUAUCCAACAGUUCAAGAUGGCCAUCAACGACGCUUUGAAAUCAUCCCAGGAUACACGGGCUGUCAUGCGUGCACGAUCCGGCAAGCAGCGCUUUCCCGUAGCACAGUGGGUUGAGGAUCUGGAAAUUCUACAGACUACCUCGAUCGAAAAGCAUGUCAAGUACUCUAAACGCCACGAUCACAGCUCAUGGAGGAUUUCCCGCGGCAGCACUCUUGUAGCCGAUAGCGUCCCCAAAGCUUCGUCGAGCUCAAACAAUAGCCGCGAACACAGCCGAUCACGCAGUUCCACAAUGUCUGUCCCGCCGAGCAGGCCGAUUACAGCUGAUGUGAGACUAUCUGGGCCUCGACCAGGCCUUGAAUACGUUCUCUCGCCGACAAAUUUGUCUUCCAGUUUAAAUAUAUCCGACAACGAGCCCGACUCUGACACGGACCCAAGGAGCAGACCCUUGUCCUCCAACCCUCUUGCAGAAUCCCGAAUUGUUUACACUACAGCAAGCGAUGGAGAAGAUCUCGAGCCGCUUUCUGGGGUCAUCCAAGAGGACGGUAGUGUUUGUCAAUUGCAAUUUGGAACACCUACUAUUUAUUUUGCUCAAUCCGGCGCCAGCACACCAGUUCUUGGUGGAGGACCGGAAGACGGUCUUAUGGGCCGAAGAGACGCAAGGGAAUCUGUGAUGAGUCUGGCCAGCGUCGAUAAUAUAAUAAAGGAGAAACAAAACUACAACCUCCAGAAAGUUGAUCCAUUUUUCACGGAUGCGAACAAGGAGUACGCGGAUAAGUUUGAGAAGAAGCUUGCGGAUCUGAAUGGCAAGAACUCUGAAGACCAGCUCUGCAUCGAAGAGUUCCUUGAGAAGAGCAAGAAAGAAUGGUUCAAUCGAUACCGCGACGUCAAACUAGGAAAGUCCCCCUUGCCUUCUCCUACUCCCUCUGUCUUCCGCUUCCAGGUUCAUGGAACCGAUCAACCGGAGACCCCACCAAUUACUGGUCCAGGUGUCCACCCAUAUGCCGAGCAAUUCCUUCUCCCAAAUGACUAUGUUCCCCCCACGGGUUUGAAGCGUUUCAUGUUGGUGAAGCUAGGCGAUUGGCCUAUGUACUCCAUCUUCCUCGCUAUUGGCCAAAUUCUUGCCUUGAACUCGUACCAGAUCACACUCUUGAACGGUGAGAUUGGAGAGACGGCCGAAAAGCUAUACAUUCUGGCGUCCAUCUAUCUUGCCUCUUCGAUCAUAUGGUGGAUGGUCUUCCGUCUAGUCCCCGCAGUCUAUGUGUUGACGAUUCCUUUCUUUAUAUACGGGGUUGCCUUUCUGUUUGUCGGUCUUGCCGGUCCCAUCCACAGUACAAGUCAAACAUGGUUACAAACCGUGGGAACUGGCCUGUAUUCGUUUGCAUCUUCGAGUGGUUCGAUUUUCUUCGCCCUCAAUUUUGGAGAUGAAGGUGGAGCGCCUCUGAAGUCUUGGAUUUAUAGGGCUACCGUCAUCCAGGGCACCCAGCAGUUGUUCAUCAGUUUCCUUUGGUACUGGGGUAGCUGGAUGGCAACUCUAAAUCAAAAGGGUAGCACGCAGUUCAGCCUUGCCAUGACCAAUCCAGGAGCUUUGCUCGGGAUCGGAGUUGGGCUGGCCUGUCUUCUGUGGCUGCUGGGAGCCCUGGUCUUCUUUGGACUUCCUGCGUAUUAUAGACAAUCACCAGGUCAAGUGCCGACAUUCUACCUAUCGCUCUUCCGCCGCCGCAUCAUUCUUUGGUUUUUCUACAUGGUUUUCAUAUCAAACUACUGGCUGUCGGCACCGUACGGACGAAACUGGCUCUAUCUCUGGUCCAGCAAGCAUGCACAGGUGUGGCAAAUCGUGCUCCUUGUCCUCCUCUUUUUCAUUAUUGUCUGGGCAGCAGCCCUGUGGGUCUUCCACGUCCUUUCCAAGAGACACGCGUGGUUCAUCCCGAUCUUUGCCGUCGGUCUUGGUGCUCCUCGAUGGGCCCAGAUCCUGUGGGCAACCUCCAACAUAGCCGCUUACAUCCCCUGGGCCGGUGGUCCCGUAGCCGGAGCUAUCCUUGGUAGAGCCCUAUGGCUCUGGCUAGGAAUUUUGGAUUCCCUUCAGGGUGUCGGGUUUGGAAUGAUUCUCCUUCACACAAUGACUAGAUUCCAUGUCACCUUCACACUUCUAGCCGCACAGGUGGUCGGUUCUAUUGCGACUAUCCUCGCCCGCGCGACAGCACCGAAUAAGUUGGGCCCUGGUGAUGUUUUCCCUGAUUUCUCCGCUGGCGUCGCAGCUGGCUUGGGAAAGGCAGACUUCUGGGUCUGCCUGCUCUUCAUGCUAUCCAUCAACGUGCUCUGCAUCUUCUUCUAUCGCAAGGAACAACUCGCGAAACCUUGA